UCCGAUAGGGUCUAUGUUCGAUUCCAUCACGUUCUGGAUGUCCAGUAUUGUUCAGCUGUGGUCUAUGGAUGAGGACAAAACAGAACGGGCUAUUGAAUUGAGUGACAAUGGAGUUGCCAAGGCUGGAGUGGUACUGGAUGCGAAUCGUGGACGUGGGAGACGGUCCCGGAAUUGGUGGCCUGCAGGUGACCAACGGAGAACGAACACAAGGAACAGUCCAACCAACAGUAUGGAUACUGCCGGUCCCGUAUCUGUGCCAGUGGGAAGGUACGUUAACCCCGCAAAUCAUCCGGUUAUACCCAAUCAGCCUCGCAUGCUGGUAUCAUAUCCUCGCCGAGGACGAAGUAGUGGAGGGCUGAUACCCAGACAAGCAAGUUACGUUCCCAUUGUGCCAAUCGUCUCCGGGCCUGCUGGAAUUAGACGAGCAAACUAUGGACCAAGUCUGAGAGGACCACCUAGCCGAAUGUUCAAUGCGCCCAUCAUAGCCGGUCCUGGGGGGCCAAGGUUGAGCGGACGCAAGUCAGUUCAGCCAAUGCGCCGAGGUACCGGUGGCGGUGAUGACCGCCGAUACAACCAAGGAGGAAUUAACCAAGCCGGAGGCAUGUUUGUUUAUCUCCCACCAGAAAUGGCUGCUGCCUACCAAGCGCAUGGGAUCAAUCUGGUGCCAGUCAGACCACCAGUCAGCAGACGUAGAGCGAGUGAGCGACGAGGAAAUUCGCGUGAACCUAGCAGUGUGGAACCCGAAAUUGACUGCACGUCACCGUACGACUUUGAAACAGCCAACGCCGAGCUUGAAGCAGAACUGGCCAAAAUGACUACCAAUGUCGAGGGGACAUCUGCCAAAGCAACACCCAAGUCAGUGAAUGUGGAGCAGAAGCCGAUGGAAAUGCGACUGCCUCCACCGGUGAUGGGCAUCUAUCUGCUGCAAUCUGUUCCCCAUCUACAGCAGUGUCCGCAGGAUCAGGAAACGGGGCAUCCGGGGAUUCGUCGAUCGGUGCAGUAA